CUCUCUCUCUCAAAACAAAUACAGCACCACAAACAAAACACCAUUUUUACAGAGGAGAGAGAGAGAGAGAGAGAGAGUGAGUGAGAGAGAGUGAGACAGAGAGAGAGAGAGAGAAAGAGAGCAGAGCAGAGCAGAGCAGAGCACCUCUGUGAAUUCGUCUCUUUGGAUCCUCUACUUCUCGAGACGAUUUUUUCUGUGUCUUUCUGUCUCUCUACAUCUUUCUUCUCUCUUUCUCUCUCUCGUGCAGCGAGCCCUUACCAAACACUUCUUAUAAAUACCCCUUACUUUCUCUCUACUUCUCCUCCUUCCUACGUUUUUUGUUCUAAUCUCUCUCUCUCUCUCUUGCUUUGGUCUCGGAGAUAUUCUGUUGUUCGGUAUCUUUUUAACUGAGACACAAGAGAGAGUGUGUGAGAGAGAAGGAAGGAGCUCUUGCUGCUUUUCUCUGUUGCAUCUACAAUGUCGGCUUGCAAGGACGAAGAUCCACGUAUUAGUAACAUCAAAACUAGAAUUCGAGUCGUUCCCAAUUUCCCCAAAUCAGGGAUUAUGUUUCAAGACAUUACGACUUUGCUACUUGAUCCUAAGGCGUUCAAAGACACGGUCGAUUUGUUCGUUGAGCGAUACAAAGGGAAAAAUAUUUCGGUAGUAGCAGGGAUUGAAGCUCGGGGGUUUAUAUUUGGUCCUCCCAUUGCAUUGGCAAUUGGGGCAAAGUUUGUUCCCUUGAGAAAACCAAGAAAGUUACCUGGUGAGGUUAUUUCGGAAGAGUAUGUCUUGGAAUAUGGAACAGAUUGUCUUGAAAUGCACAUCGGAGCAGUUGAACCUGGUGACUGUGCUUUGGUAGUUGAUGAUUUGAUAGCAACUGGAGGUACACUUUGUGCGGCAAUGAAGUUACUUGAACGUGUUGGGGCUGAAGUGGUUGAAUGUGCAUGUGUAAUUGAAUUACCAGAUCUUAAGGGUCGUGAGCGCUUGAACGGUAAGCCAUUAUACAUACUAGUGGAAUCCCACUAAUGGAGGCAAUAUCAUUUGCUUCUCUGUUGCAGCUGCGGUGUUGGUGAUGUGUACAUUAGAGUGGUAUUCUUGGUGGUUCCGUUGUAUGGAAUCCAUUACUAGCUGUAGUUUUGAUUGUGAUUUUUCAUGUAGCUCCUCUUUCUCCUUUUGGAUCUUUUUAUCGUCUUCUUCAAUUUUCAUUAUUGAGAAACGGUGGACAAAUAGGAGCAUUCACAAUUCGCUAUGGGAAGUGCAGUAUCAAUUGCGCAAUCAGCUUUGCUGUGGGUUUGACUCAAGGUUGUACUUGUCAAAUUACCUUACCUUAUCAGUUGGUUGUUGCCAAAUGCCAAGCAAGCUCCAUCAUCAUAUGAAUUUUCGCCUGUGGUUGGGCUCUUGACCUGUUUA